AUGGUAACCCCCAAAUACCACCACCAUCUUUCCUUGGAAGCAAAUGUGGAUACGAAUAACCUGCCACCACUCUUUACGGUGAUGUGCUUCCACACCCACCCCUCCCGAUCGCCAGGAGGACUGAGGCCUCGCCUUGUGGUAACAGAUGCUGCAAGCCCUGUAACACUGAGUGUGAGCACGACCAGCCGUAACCACCACCCACCACAACCUUAUACUACUUUUUUAAGUUACAAACGGACAGCCAUGCCCCAUGGGCUGCAACAUGUGAAGGUUAAACCCAUGCAAUGUCAAGAAAGGAGACCAGUUCCCACGUCCAAUGUAGCUAGCUCAGCCUUCUACCCUACUAACAAAGCAACUCACUUGACUCUCUCUGGGAUGUACAUUGAGCUCUGGAUGCACCUCUCAUUUGAUACUGUUCUUUAUCAGGUCACCCUGGCCAUUACCUCAGCGGCCAUACUGACAAUCGCCAGCCACCAGCCUCAGCUGUUCCCGUUAGCUUGGCACCAUGAUUUUCAGAAUGAUCCACCAUCCAGUUUGCCGCUGACGUACUUACAGAAUAACACUGACCACAAGCAAGGGCACAGAAGACAGCUUAGAAGACAGAGAUCAAAUCCGAGCGGGUGUGGAAGAAGAAAUUUCUGCAGAAAGGAAGUGCUUGAGCUCCCUAAGCCAGAAGCAUCAAAGUCGCCUGACUCAGGGAUGGAACAGAGCCCAGGGUGCGGGGAGGCUGGACAGCAGAGAGCCCCGAGUCGCAGUUCACACUAUGAAUCUGAGCUAAAUUCCCAGCGAGGAAGACCUGAGGACCGCUUUCAAGAGCAGAGCUUGAGCAGAGCGAAUCUGUGGCGGCCGGUGCGGGAAGGCGGAUUCACAACACCGGUGUAUCCAUUUAAUACAAGAAAAUGGAAACAGCAGCCAGAAGAAACCUUCCCCAACAGUGAAACCAAUGGUGAAUUUGGUAAACCUGCCAAAGAUAUGGAAGAGGAGCAAGCAUUUAAAAGAUCUAGAAACACCGAUGAGAUGGUUGAAAUACGAAUUCUGCUUCAGAGCAAGAAUGCUGGAGCAGCGAUUGGAAAAGGAGGCAAGAAUAUUGAGGUUCCCCGCAUAGACUACAGUGCCAGUGUUUCAGUCCCAGACAGCAGUGGCCCCGAGCACAUAUCGAGUAUCAGUGCUGAUACUGAAAAAAUUGGAGAAAUUCUGAAGAAAAUCAUCCCUACCUCGAAAGAGUACCAACGUUAUAAAGGAAGUGACUUUGACUUAAUUCACCAAAGUCUGGCAGGAGGAAUAAUUGGGGUCAAAGGUGAUAAAAUCAAAGAAUUUCGACAGAACACUCAGACAGCAAUCAAGCUCUUCCAAGCAUGCUGUCCUCAUUCCACGGACAGAGUUGUUCUUAUUGGCGGAAAGCCUGAUAGGCUUAUAGAGUGCAUGAAGAUCGUCCUUGACCUUAUAUCCGAGUCUCCCAUCAGAGGACGUGCGCAACCUUAUGAUCAUAAUUUUUACGAUGAAACUUAUGUUUAUGGUGGUUUUACAAUGAUGUUUGAUGACCGCCGCGGAUGGCCUGUAGGACUUCCCAUGCGGGCAAGAGGUGGUUUUGACAGAAUGCCUCCUGGUCGUGGUGGGCAUCCCAUGCCACCCUCUAGAAGAGAUUAUGAAGACAUGAGCCCUCGUCGAGCCCCACCCGCUUCUCCUGGUCGAGGAGGCGGGGAGGGGGGUAGCAGAGCUCGGAAUCUUCCUCUACCACCAUCACCACCACCACCUAGAGGAGGAGAUCUAAUGGCCUGUGAGAGAGGAAGACCUGGAGGUCGCUAUGACGGCAUGGCUGGUUUCAGUGCUGGUCAAGCUUGGGAUUCUGCCAUAGAUACAUGGAGCCCAUCAGAAUGGCAGAUGGCGUAUGAACCACACAGUGGCUCUGGACAUGAUUAUUCCUAUGCAGGGGUUUGUGGCUCCUAUGGUAAUCUUGGUGGACCUAUUAUUACUACACAAAUAACUAUUCCCAAAGAUUUGGCUGGAUCUAUUAUUGGCAAAGGUGGUCAGCGGAUUAAACAAAUCCCUCAUGAAUCAGGAGCUUCUAUCAAAAUUGGUGAGCCUGUAGCAGGAUCCGAAGAUCGGAUCAUUACCAUUACAGGAACACAGGACCAGAUACAGGAUGCACAGUAUUUGCUGCAGAACAGUGUGAAGCAGUAUUCUGGAAAGUUUUUCUAAGAUGAGUGAAGAACUGAAGGAGUCCUGCAUCUUUUUUUUUUUUUUUUUCUGCUUCUGUUUUAAAAGCUAACAUUCCUCUGCUUCAUAGGUAUUC